AAACCGUGCGCACCCGCCCGUAGAGCCCCGCCCAUUCAGCUAGCACCGCUACUGUAGCAACAUAAGCUAACAGCUAGCUUACAUCAGUUUAGGGCUGUGUUGGGGUCGGGGUAUCAUUAAACCCGUCCGCGUUUUAUUCGUCAUAAACAUUAAAAACGCGGCCCGACCACUGACGGAGCUGGAGGGAACUCAAAUCCAGGAUGUGCUCGGUGGUCGGGUGUUAUUCGGGGCGUCGCAGUGCGCAGCGGUUCAAGUUACCGGAGGACCCCGAGAGGAGACUGGAGUGGGUCCAGUUCCUCGCUACAGUCAACAAACAGCGAUUUAAAGAAUCGUCCUGGACUGACAUUACGAUUUGUAGCGAACACUUUGAAAAGGACUGUUUUGAAAAGCUGACAGCUGCUCAGCUAACGUUAAAGCCCAGUGCUGUCCCAUCACUGUCAGACGACCCGGAGCCACAUCUGGAGAGCCCAGGAUGUGUGGAGCCUGUGGAAACCACAUUAGUUUAUGGUCAACUUGAAACACGUGAUGGCCCAAUGUCCUGUUGUGAAGAAUCAGGACUGGCUUCAAUGGAUUCUGAAGGAAACCCAGUCCUAAGAGGCGUCUCGUGUUCAACUGAUACUUCAGACGAUGUUGUGUCCGUAUACGGCCAGAUGCAUCCAAGAAAUGUGAACACUGAUUUGAUCAGGGAAAAAGCUGCACUUCUACAGAGGAAAGGGAAGUAUGUUGUGAACGAAAAACGCCUCCUCCAGUUGUUUAGCUGCGAGUGUCCGUCAUGUGGCUGUAAACUCAAGAUGGAGAAGUUCACCUAUGGGGUGCUCAUCAUCUUGAACCAACAGUGCCUUCAGUGUGAGUACAGGAACCAGUGGAAAAGCCAAGUCAACGCCAGCGUCCCAGAUCAACACCCGAGGGGAGGCAUAGAUGUAACUCCAGAGACCCGGCAGGAAGUGCCAACAGAUGACACCUAUAGCUGUAUAACAGGGGUCUCUGAGAUUGUUGCUGUUGUUGGUGAGGACAUUGAUCCCCUGGAAGAAAUGGAGGAAUCGAGUGAUCCGGAUGACAUGGACUCAGACGAGGAUUGGAAGCCAAUGAAGAAUAUUUUGCUGCCUAGAGUGCUUCAAAAGGAAACAGAUGGCAAAGGCAUGAAAGAGGAUGGCGCUUAUCCCCCACUUCCCCCCAAACACAGUCAGCUCUGCACAGAUUGUGGGAUGUUUUUCAAUAAACAGAAGCCUCACACGUGUGAACAUAUAAUUAAACCCUUUUCUUGCAAUUUCUGUGGGAAGAGAUGUGUUAGUGAGGUCGCUCUAACAUCUCACAGCAGAAUCCACGAUGAAAACUAUGAGCACCCGUGCAAAUACUGCCAAAGUACGUUCAAAACCAAGGUGGACAAACACACACAUGAGCAGAUUCAUCUAAGUGAAGGAAAGCCCUAUAAAUGUCCCGACUGUCCAGAGACGUUCGCCACAAGUAAAGAACGCAGAAUCCACCUGGAGGAUCACAGAGGCCCCCAACAGUUAAAAUGUGAAAUCUGUGGCAUCGAAUUCCUCUGGCCACUUUCUCUCCAGAGACACUUAACCGUGCACACAGGAGCGAAGCCGUUCAAGUGCUCAGUGUGCCAACGUGGCUUCAAACAGGCAAGCCACCUGAAGUCCCACAUGCGUCUGCACACAGGAGAGAGGCCUUACAAGUGUCAGCAUUGUGACAAAUGCUUCAAUCACAACGUGAGCUUGAAGAGUCACGUACAGCGUUACCACUCGUCCAAAUCUGGACGUGAACAGAAAACAGAAAAAAGAAAGGAAAAGGAAAGUGACGCUGCUGAUGCUGAGGGUAACGGGAACAAGAGAGGUGCAGAUUCAGGUAAUGCAGAGGAAGAACAUGAUAUGGAAGAGGAGGAACAGAAGGAGAGAAUAUAUAGACCAAAAAAAAGAAAGAAAACCACAGGUCGACCCAUAGGACGGCCAAAGAGUUAUGAGUCAGACAACGUUGCUCUGGACGUUCAGGUGGAAGGUCAGUGUUCAAACAGAAAGGCUGAAAAACGACAGGCACAGAAGUCAAAGAAAACACAGCGCAGUGAUGAAUUUAGUGAGGACCAGCGUGAUGAAUUUAGUGAGGACCAGCCGAGUGACAGCGACAUGUCCUUUGAUUCAGCAGAGGAGGAAGAGGAGAUGAGCGAGAAGGCGAUAAAGAACACAGCGAGAUCAAGGAACAGACCAAAAACAUCCAAUAGUGACUCAGACUUUGACCCAGAAGAAAGAAAGGAAAAGAGGAGCAGCAGCCAGAACAGUGGUAGAGGUUCAGGGAGGCGCAGAGGAAGACCAAGAAAAAAUCUAGUGGUGUGAAGAUUCUUUAAGAAAUUGGUUAAAAUAAUAUAUAAAGUGGACAUUUAUACAGAACUGGACUGAGUUUUAGAGAAAAUUACAUAAUGUGACAAAACAUUAGCUUUUACUGUUAAGAGAAGCUGUUGGUUGGAUUUGAAAGUACUUUUAAAAUGUGUUACCUGAUGUUUAAAGGAUGAGAUCAUGUUGGAUAAAAGUGUAUUAAACAGGGCUGAUCUUCCUUUCUGUUCUGUCAGUCACACACUCUGCUGAGAGGUUCAUUUAAUUCUGCAGACAUCUGACAGCUCAUCUUUUAUACGGGUAUAAAAGCAUUGAUUCUCAGUAGUGUUGGGGUGUGUAUUUAACAUUGUUGUGGGGCUGGAAAGUGAAAUGAAAAAUGUUCUCCUUUAUGUUACUUAGUUAUAUUGGCUAAAGCUUGAAAGAGUCAGUUAAUUAGUAUUUUAAAAGGCACAUUUUCUCACUCGGUCUUUCUACUUAGGUAUAAUGUACCAUGUUUUGAGGUAUGUGAGAUAUCUGUCUGAUAAAGAGAUGAAUCUGGUUUGUAGUGUUCCCAUCAUUCUACAAAGCUUUGUUACAUUUUAAAAUUAAACUAAUAUAUUUUCCAACAGUAUCUCUCUCCCCUGAAUAAUCCACAUACCUUCUUAUGAACGUUUGUUUUAAUGAGGUUGUCCCAAACAGUAGUAGUUUAGUAGCUGUCUCAGUCUCAGUGACCUUUUGUUAGAAAAAUUGGCCUUUAUGGGCUUCAUUAAUUAACGGAGCCCCGGAGUGGCCAUAGAGAGAAUAUACAUCAUAGCCAGUUUUACUACAUUGAGCGCUCCAAAUGCUGUUUUGUGUGCAUGAGAUAAAUCUAUUGUCCCUAUUAAUCUGUUUGGCUUAUAGAGUAUGUUGAUUCAGUAAAUAAUGUAGUUUAAACCCAUACUUUGGUGCAGCAUCAAUGUACAUUGCUAUCAGUUUGUUAUUAUGAUAAGUAUUUCCAUUCCCUGUGUAAGAAUAGUUGCUCCUCUUCUGCCAUUGUAUUGAUGCUGCACAUAAUGUGAUGUUAGAGAGCCACCAUGUGGUUAACUUGAGUAUUGGCUUUUCUGUAUUGUCAUUUUAUAGUAUAACUCAUUUAAUAUAGUGGUUCAACCCAUAUUAGUUUAUUAAUACUCUCUGUUGUUGUAUAGGAAACCUGGUCUAUAAUUACCACCUAAAAUAUAUGGUAGUUUUUCCCACC